UAUGUUGCUAUUAGGUAAAAAUGGUUACAACAAACCAUUUCACAGUAUACGCGUUUACAUAAAUACAUAUGGUAUUCAACAUUGUUUGAAUCUUUGAUUCCUUCAUUACAACAAGUUAUUAACCACUCAAAUUGAAUAAUUACGAUACAGAAAAGGAGGUAGAAAAAUGGCGGACCAUCAAAGAAUUCAUCCAGUGGAGGUCUACCAAGGAGCUCCACCUCCACGCCCGUCGGCUCCUCUAGGUUCUAUUCUUCGAUUAGACAAAGGCGAGCCACAACGGCAGGGGCCGCGUCAUAUUCCAAUGAGACGCAAUGUUACCUUUCCAGUUGUGCCGCCACCGCCACCUAAGAAGAAGAGAAGCUGUUUGUGCAAAUGCAUAUGCUGGACACUUAGCUUAUUCAUUCUCCUACUCAUAAUAAUUGGAGCUACUAUUGGCAUUCUUUACCUUGUAUUUCAACCCAAGCUUCCCAAAUACUCAGUUGACAAUCUCAGAAUAUCAGAUCUGACACUCAAUUUCGACUUGAGCCUCUAUGCGAGGUUCAACGUAAAGAUCACUGCCUAUAACCCAAAUAAGAAUAUCGGAAUAUACUACGAGAAAGGAAGCCAUUUGAGUGUAUGGUACAAGAACAUAAACCUGUGCCAAGGAUCAAUUCCCAGAUUCUACCAAGGUUACCAGAAUAAGACAGUGCUAAAUGUGGCCUUGAGUGGCCAAAAUCAAUAUGGGAGGACUCUCCUCAAGGCAUUACAGGAGGAGCAACAGACUGGAAGAAUUCCAUUGGAUCUCAAGAUUAAUGAGCCAGUCAGCAUCAAACUCAAGACUCUGAAACUGAGGAAGGUGAAGAUUAUAGGCACCUGUAAGUUGAUCGUUGAUAGCCUGUCGACUGAUAGUAUUAUUAGCAUCAAAGCCAGUACUUGCAAUUUUGGACUCAAGCUCUGAACACUUUUCUAAUGUCUUAAGCAUAUAAAUUUUUCCAUUCCAGGAUAAACAGUUUACUUGCACAGCGUAUCUGCAUGUUGAAAAGCUAAAUAAUUUAUCAUUUCUAAUU